AUGGCCAUGUUACGGAAAUCAACAUCUCUGGUUUCCACGUACUACAGUUGGGUUGGGCAACAAAACCCUCAAUUCUCUGUUGAAGCCCUUCAAAAUUUGACACUUUUAGAAACAUUUAAUGCAUCCAGUUUUGCACUUCCUGGCCCUAUUCCCCAAUGGUUUGGUUUUAAACUUGCAUCUACCUUACAAAUUUUUGAUCUUAGAUUCUGUUCAAUUACUGGUCAUAUUCCAUCAAAUUUUGGCUAUUUGAGUAAUUUAACUAUUAUAUACUUGUCCAAUAAUAAUCUUAUUACUGGGAUUGUGCCAUCGGGUUUGGGCCAAUUGUCGAGUGCGGUUCUUGAUAUUUCACGUAAUUCACUUGUCGGGUCAAUUCCG